CCCUCCCUCCAGCCACGGGAGAAGGCCAACUCCGCCUGCCUGAGUCACCGCUGGAGCUGGGGAGGAGCCGGGGAGAGGUCGCCCCAGCCCAGAGCGCAGCCAGCGGCCUUAGGGAGAACAGACAGGGCAGUCAGGGAGCAUGGGGGAGAGCGCGCUGGAGCCGGGGCCCGUGCCCGGAGCACCGACUGGGGGCCCGGUGCAUGCGGUGACGGUGGUGACCCUGCUGGAGAAGCUGGCCUCCAUGCUGGAGGCGCUGCAAGAGCGGCAGGGGGGCCUGGCACAGAGGCAGGGCGGCCUAGCUGGCUCGGUGCGCCGCAUCCAGAGCGGCCUGGGUGCGCUGAGUCGCAGCCACGACACCACGAGCAACACGCUGGAGCAGCUGCUGGCCAAGACAGAGCGCGUGGGCUCGCACGCGGGGGUCGCCCAGGAGCGCGCCGUGCGCCGCGCCGCCCAGGUGCAGCGGCUGGAGGCCAACCACGGGCUGCUGGUGGCGCGCGGGAAGCUCCACGUCCUGCUCUUCAAGGAGGAGGCUGAAAUCCCUGCAAGCGCCUUCCAGAAGGCGCCAGAGCUUGCGGAUCAGUCGGAACCCGGCCCUGAACAGCCUGAGGCCGAAGUUGGGGAGAGCUCUGACGAGGAGCCCUCAGAGUCCAGGGCCCAGAGGCUGCGACGCAGCGGGUUGCAGAAGGUACAGAGUCUGCGUAGGGCCUUUUCUGGCCGGAAAGGCCAUGCAGCGCCAUCGCCCAUGCCGGCCAAGCCACCUCGCCUUGGGCCUGGACGGAGGGUUGAUGGCAAGACCGAGACCCCCUCUGAGCUGGAGUUGAAGCCCGAGCCAGAGUUGAAGCUGGAGCCAGAACCUCCGCAGGACAUGGAGGAAGAUCCCAGGAGACCUGGGCCUGCUGAGGCAGCUGUGCUCCAAAUAGAGAGUGCAGCCUGAUGUCGGGUUCUGCCAACUCCCCACCCCAACCCACCCUGAUUGUGCCUAGGCUUACUCCCAGAAUAAAUCUUCCUGUGAGAACCCAGCAUUCACGCCCAAAUAAGGCGCUAAUCCUGCAUCCACUGUGCUGAGCUGGAUUUCCUUCCCAGUCCUCUGCAGUCCAGCACCCCCUUGUCCUCGCCAUCAAUAAAGCGAUUUCACCUAA